AUGGAUGAUAAUAAUCGAUUAUCGUUUGGCUUUAAAUAUAAUACUAAUCCAAAUAUUAAUCCAAAUAAUCCUAAUUUUGUUAAUCUACCGACAUUUCCCUCCUAUUAUCUGACCAAUUGUUUUGCUGCACACCAGUCGAUGACAGCAUCUUCAGCAAUGACACCAACAACAACACCAACAGCAGCAGCAGCUAUGAUGAAUCAAUGUCUUGCAAAUGUGUCAUCAAAUAUCAUAGACUCUUAUCAUCAUCACUCGCCAUCAUUGUCGCAGCCAAACAAUAUCAAACUGAGCCCUAGAGAUAUGUGUGGACCACCAAUUGAACCACCGAUGAUGAUGACAAUGAGGAGGAACUGCUUAUCAUCCAAGACAACAACAACAUCGACAUCACCACAAACACCAACAAAACCAACAAUAUCUUCAUCAUUCAGUAUUGAAGCACUUUUGGAUAAAAGCAACAAUAGAUAUGAUAAUAAAUUUUUUAAUAAUAAUCGACGCAUCAGUGAUUUAGGAAGCGAUAGUGAACUAGCCUUAUCAGCAGCACAUGUAGUUUCAAGUUGUAAUUUUGCAACUAAUAAUAGUAAUAAUAGUAGUAAUAAUUUUGAUACUAAUUUGAUUGUUGAUCCGGACGUAUCGCCCGUUACCGCCAACCAUCACAACAAGGCUAUCUAUAAUUGGCUAAACUGUAGCCGAUAUAAGCCACCAAAAAUCAACAAAAAAACUUUAAUAGACACCAGUAUUCAUGGAUCAAAUAAACGAAAAUCAAUUAAUAGAGGACCGAGAAUACCAUUUAGCGGCAAUCAAAUCAAGGAAUUGGAAAAUAAAUUUCGUGAAACACAUUACUUGAGUGGUAUGGAAGUCAACCAAUUGGCCCAUAAGCUUAAUCUAACCGAUUCAAGGAUACGUAUUUGGUUUCAAAAUCGUCGGGCAAGAGAUAAGAGAGAAAAACGAUUACUUGAAGAGUCACCGAAAAGAUCAAAUCACGAAUCAUUGCACGACAUUAAUGGCCAUUAUUUGGAUUCAGACGACAACGUCGAUGAGGACGGGGAUGACGACGACGAUGACAACGAUAGCACACAUAGAGUAGUACUACCGGAGCAGCUUUUGCACUGA